GUUUCUUGGUGUGCUUUACAAGUCAUAUGAUUCAUACAAUGAGGCUGAUACUACGUUACGAAUUUACCUUGGAAGAUUGGGAGCAGACACUGUUGAUGCAGUUGGUGAUGAUGUUGCAGUGGAGGAGAAUGCAACAUUACGCAAUAUUAAUGAAAAACAUGCAAUGGAAGAUGAU